AUGGGCCCGCGGAGGUCGCAUCGGAAGUCACGUAAUGGCUGCCCCGAGUGCAAGACACGGCGAUUGAAGUGCGAUGAACAAUAUCCUUGUACCAACUGUACCAGACAUGGUAUUCCGUGUAGCUAUGUCGUACCGAUGGAUGGACACGCGAGCACCCCAGCCUCAAAUGCUUCCCCGGCAACUCAAUCUCAGCCCCAGUUUCAGCCGCAUGUUUAUCCCCAGUCGCAGGCAAUGUCGAAUACGCCUAGCUACAGGAGUGACAAGGGUGAAUUUCCCUGGGGAAUAACAUCAACAGAUAUCGCACUUGAUUCAGAAAAUCGUUGGGAUAUCAUAGGUGUUUUCCCCAGUACACCCGGACCUUCCGCACAACAUGCGGAAGACUGGGGACUUGAUCUUGAAUUGAUGCAUCACUAUUGUUCGGUGACCUGUAAUACCAUGACUGAACGUGAGGAUGCUCGUCACGUCUGGCGCGUAGUUUUCCCUAUGGAGGGCUACUCUAACAGAUAUGUGAUGCACGGUGUUUUGGCAAUUGCAGGACUGCACAAAGCCUAUCUCUAUCCUACCCAGAAAGUGAAGUACGUCAAAGCAGCCGCCCACCAUUUAGCGGUAGGUCUGAAAGAGUUUCGAGAACUUGUUGCUUCCCCGGUUGACCCAGAAAACUGGCAACCGGUGUUUUGCUUUGCCUCCAUGAUCUCGGUGCACCUCUCAGUCGUGCCGAUCAGGCUGGGUGUAGACCACUGGCCCGAUCCAAUUUAUAAUAUGGUUGAAAUUUUUGCAAGCAUCAGAGGGUUUCAAGAGAUUAUGCAGUCAUUCUUGAAAUCUCUGCGGAAGACCCAGCUGGCGCCACUUGUGAAUUCGAUAUUUCGAGAGGAUGAGAUGCUCAUUCCGAGCCCCGCUGUUGUCUCACAGUCAUUACUUCCCUCGGAUAUAUGGGACCAGAUCUCCAGCCUCCAGCAUUUUCUCGACGAAUAUCAAUUCCCAGAGACCCAUACCAUCAACUCGCCAGCUCCACCUACCCAGGACCAUUCAGGACCACCAAAAGAUUAUCAAAUCGCGUUGGACUUUUUGAAAAUAUCCACCCGUCAGAUUGAACUCGCUGGUCCACAUCUGGAAACUGGCAUGGUUUACAUGUGGGCAUACCCGCUUACGAAGCGGUAUCAUGACGAUUUGAAAUCAUACCAACCCGUAGCGCUGGUCCUUCUUGCUCACUACUGUGUGUUGCUCAAACUAAUUGACAAAUUUUGGUACGUUAAUGAUAUGGGCCGUCAGUUGCUGGGGGACAUAGAGAAGAAUAUGCACCCGGGAUUUCGGGAGUGGUUGGUUUGGCCAAGGCGAUGGGUAUUUGGAAAAUGA